CGGAAAUCACUUAGGGCCCUCAAAAUUGGUUGAGACGGCAGGACACGAGAGAGACGGCCAAAUAUGGCUUCCGGAACGCCCUACACUGCCGUCGGCGUCAUCUUCCUCUCCGUCUUCCUCGUCGCCGCGGCAUCCGCAGGCCGCACCGCGGCACCUGCGGCCGCGCCGUCGAGCAAGUACUCGCUCGAGGAAGCGUGCGAGCAGACCGCGGGGCACGAGGACCUGUGCGUGGAGACGCUGUCCGCGGACCCGUCGUCCAAGACUGCCGACACUACGGGGCUCGCACGGUUGGCCAUCCAGGCGGCACAGCGGAACGCGUCGGAGACGGCGACCUACCUCUCCAGCAUCUACGACGACGACAGCCUUGAGAACAAGACGGCGCAGCUGCAGCAGUGCCUUGAAAACUGCGGCGAGAGGUACGAGUCGGCGGUGGAGCAGCUGUCGGACGCGACGUCGGCGCUGGACACGGGCGCGUACAGCGAGUCGGAGGAGCUGGUGGUGGCGAGCCAGGCUGAGGUGAGGCUGUGUCAGCGUGGCUGCCAAGCCGUGCCGAACCACCGCAACAUCCUCUCGGCGCGCAACCGCAACGUCGACCAGCUCUGCAGCAUCGCGCUCGCCAUCACCAAGCUCAUCCACGGACCGCCAUCUUGAUACACAGGACGUAGUAAACAUUUAGGGCUUGUUCAUUUCGCCGUUAAUCCAUGUGGAUUGGGUGGUAUUGAGUCGGUUUAAUUCCAUAGCAAGUCAAAAUACAUCCCAAUCCAUCCCAAUACACACCAAUACACAUGGAAUUGAAGGUGGUUCCAUACUUGUAACGUAAUUGGUAACUAAUGAUGACGUUAAAUCAUAUUUGUUUAAGUUUAAUUAUAAUCAGAUACCACAUAAAAAAUUAAUAUCAGACUAUUUAAAUUUAUUACCGCUGGUAUUCAAGUGUGAAUCAUGUGGCUAUAUCAACUUCUAUUGUAAGCAGAUUGAGAGUA